AUGUUUGGAAACUCAGUAAGUUUUUGUUCAGGAGGAGUUUGUAAUUCAUUUUAUAUUUCAACACUCUCUGCAUUUUUUUCAGCCUUUGGAAUUCCAAUAACUUAAUAUUUACAUUAUUUAAAUUAUCUAUGUAUUAUUUUAUUAGCAUUUUCUUUACUAUCUUUAUAUUCAGUUAAAGAAUCAAUAAUUUAUGCCCCAUUCUUAAUUACUUUAAUAGGUUCAAGUUUAAUUGUAAAUGAUAUGUUUUUUUACAAAUUACCAUAUGCAAUUUGGAUUGGGAAUGGUAUGAUAAUUGGAUCAGCCUUUUGGAAUUCAAGAUUAAAUUAAUUCAGUUUCUUCAAAAGAAAAAAAUGA